AUGCAAGCUGACCAGGACAUUAAGCUGAUGGAGAGGAAGAACUGGAUAAUGAACACAAAGGUUCUAUAUGACUUUAUCGCAUCCUGCAACACACCAACUCAAGUACUUAGCUUGGAAUCUCUCCCUCUCCCCCUGCCAAAAAACCUCGAUGGCAUUUGCCAUCAGUUUAUUGCAACAGGAUCCAAUGCCCCAGAAGGUGAACAGAAUUUUAUCAUGAUCUACCGGGCAUUGUUGCCUUCAGAAGCAUUAGAUGAAAAACUUAAAUGCUACUCCAAUUGUGCAGAUUAUGAUGGGUUUCCUGUGCCAGAAAUUGAAAAUGAAGGAAUUUGCUCACAAAUUGCCAAAAUCCCGCACCAAGGUGAAGUUAACAGACUCAAAGCUUCAUCUAUAGAUAUAGGCAUCCUAGCAACACAAAACAACUCUGGCCUAGUUACCCUAUAUAAAUUAUCUAAUUAUGAACAAACCGCACAAUUAAACGGAUCUACAGAGGAAGGGUUUGGCCUGAAUUUCUAUAACGACAGGCCAAAUGUAAUGGGCUCCUUUAAUGACGGUACCCUUAAAGUUUGGGAUUUAAAUUCUAAUUCCGUCACAUGUGAAUACAAACAUGGAAGCGGCAUAAAUUCACUAGUACAUACGUUCGAAAAUUGUAUUGCUGCAGCUACGGAGGACGGCUUAUUACUUUUUAUCGAUGAAAGAUGUAAAUCCGUCGUUGGAAAGAUCGAAAAUGAGACUGGAAAAAUAGCCAUCAAUACAAUUGCCGCUACCAAAUUCAACAGCAAACUCGUGGCAACGGGGUCAAACACUGGAGAUAUUCAUUUUUGGGACAUACGCAACACAUCCACGCCAUCUUAUAUGAUCAAAGCACACGAAUCGCCAAUCAUUCGUGUGGAAUUUAACCAGCAUGAAAAGUCUAUACUGGCAACUGCAUCCGAGGACGGUACAGUGCAAAUAUUCAAUAUGGACAAUGCAGGAUUGGAAUUAUCAGACGACGACUCUGAAGAUUGCCCAGAAGAAUUAGUUUUCAACCAUACAGGGCAUCAAGAUGCUAUUACAGAUUUUACUUGGAGCUGCCAUGACUCAACUAAAUACAUGGUUAUUUCCGCGGCUCAAGACGAGACUCUCCAGUUUUGGCAGCCAUCAAAAGACGCCUUGAUCUACGAAGGCGAAUCAGAUAUCCCUGAUUCGGAUGUGGAAUAG